AUGGUUCGUCAUAAUAAUGGUGAUUCUACUCUUCGUACUUGUGCUGAUUUUUGUGUUGGUGCUGAUACUGGUCGUGCUGGUAGCAAUUGUACUAUUAUUUUAAGUCGUGAUAAUUGUCCUAGUGGUGGUGGUAAUUUUCGUAAUUGUACCACUGCUCCUGGUUUUGGUUGUUGUUGCAAGGAUCCGGCAACAACAACAGGUUAA